AUGGAUGCAAUAACGGAGUCGCCCGGGCGGUACUGGCCUGUAUCGCACAAAUAUGAUACGAUAGACAGGAAAUAUAAGUUUUUUAAGGCCACUAAUGCUUAUCGGAUGCAAGCAUACUAUCCACUGAUACAACUUGGUCGCGCCUCCUAUUCAUAUGCUCGACGCGAUGUCACUAGUCUAAGGUCCCAGAUUUCAAUAGGAAUUGAAAUGGAUAUUGACGAAUUUACGACCGAUUCAAGUGUCAAGGAGGAAACACUCACUACAGUCAACGAUUUGUCGGAUGAUAUAUUGUUGGCAAUAUUUGCUUACUGUCAUCCGAUUGAUUUGAUCCAUGGUUUUUCUUUGGUUUGUCGCCGUUGGAAUUACUUGGCGAAUUAUUCUAGUUUGUUCACCGAAGUUCGGGUGUUAGUUGACGAUUUUUCAUUGAAAUAUGGCAGUGUGAAAAUGUUCUUUCACAGGACUUCGCAAUAUCUUCGAAAAUUGUGCAUUGAUUGUCCAGUGCCUUUGCCAUCUGCCGAAGUUAACGCAUUGUUCGACAUUUGCUUUCCCAAUGUCAUCCAUCUGGAUCUUGGCUCUUUGAAGGGUGAAAAUUUCUUUGUUGGUAAUGUAAUUGCAUAUAGUCCGGAAAGUGAUCCAAAAUUGCCGGCUUGCAAUCGUCCGCUGAAUUUACUACAUAUUUACGACGGGAUGGGUGAAAUUGAUUUCAGCGUGAUUAGAAGUUCUCCGUGGCGAUCAACUCUUACAGAACUUCAUCUUGGGUAUUACAUAAGAAAUGAUGGCAUUGAAUACAUUGGACUUUUGCAUAAUUUAAAGGUUUUUUCGUGGGGUCUAAGUCUUAAUACGCUCGAUGAAGAAUUCGCUCACAUAAAGAAUUUAUGCAACUUGGAAGAGCUGAGGGUAAUUUUCGGUGGUGAAGAUUGUAAUGUUUCGUCCGAAGGGUUGACUGUUUUAUUCACUUUGCCCGAUAAGGAACCUGAGAAGUCAUUUCCGUACAAACUUAAGCAUUUAGUAAUCGGAAAGUUCUACGGGAUUGAUGGCGAUCUGCUCCAAACCAUUGACCGGAAUUGUCCAAAUUUGCGAACACUUGGUCUGCCACACAGUGAAUAUUCAGCAUCUGGUGAUGAAGUUAUGCCUUCCAUUAUUAGUAAUUUCAAGCAUUUGAUGUUUCUAGAUUUAAGCAGCUUGGGGGAAUGUUAUAAAGAUGAAGUGUGGAAUAAUCUGAACGACGACGAUUUGCCGGAUUUACGUCUCCUCAAACUUCAUGGAAAUAAGGUUAAUAUUGAAAAUUUACAACGCUUGAAUUUGAGACGACCUAAACUGUUAAUUUCAACCAGAGUGAAUCAUUUUAUUAACUGGACCGAAACUGAGAAUGGUUGCGUUUUCCACGAUACUUUUUAUGGUGAUAUUAGAGCUGUAGAAAAUGAUUUGCGCCAGAUCGACGGAUUGCGUAAUUUUGUAACAAAACCCGAACUAUGCAUCUACGACAAUCUUAGCUUCUACACUUUGACGCGUUCGUCCUCAGUCGAAUUUCGUCAUGAUGGCAGAAUAAGGCCUUUCUACGGUGAUUCUUUAUAA